CGGCCGAGCCCAGGUGGAGCCGCGGGGCCGUUCGCACCUCGGCCAGCGCGGCCCGGGAGAUGGUGCUGCGGGCGGCGGGGGGGAGCUGCGAGCACGGCGGACACGCGUGGGAGCUCCGCGGGUCAGUGUGGCCAGGGGAAGGCGACGCCCGCCAUGAGCUCGUCGGCGCUGCUGGCUGAGGGCCCCCUCGAUCCCCCGGUGCUGCUGACCGACAUCAAGACGGAGCCCCCCGAGGAGCUGCUAGCCAGCGACUGCAGCCAGCCCCAGGCCGAGCCCGUCGAUCUCUCCCUCAAUAAAUCCAAGGUGGCUCCGGCCUCGGCCCCGCCGCCACCGCCCCCCACCUCGGUCCAGUCUUCCCCCAUGCUGGUGGCUCCCCCGCUUCCCACUUCCAGCACCGUGUCCAUCCCGCCCUCCGGUCUCAGCUCCACGUCCGCCAUCCCGGCUGUCCUCUCACCUGGCUCCAUCCUGGCCUCCACGCAGGGCAGCGGAGGGCAGCAGAUCCUCCACGUCAUCCACACCAUCCCCUCCGUCAACCUGCCCAGCAAGAUGGGCAACCUGCAGACCAUCCCCGUGGUGGUGCAGUCCCUCCCCGUCGUCUACACCACCGUGCCCACGGACGGCGUCACCGCCAUUACCGUGCCCCUCAUCGGGGGCGACGGCAAGAACGCUGGGUCUGCUUUCCUUUCCCGGACCCCUCCAGUGAAAAUGGACCCUGGCUCCGUGUACCCCAUGGACAUGAACAGCGACAGCGAGGACAGCGCCUCCGAGAGCGGCCCAGCACCUUUCCAGGACCUGCAGAGAGACAGGCCGGCAGUGCGGGGGCCCAGGGCCGAUUCCCCGGACCUGAAGAAGCGGCGCAUCCACCAGUGCGACUUCGAGGGCUGCAAUAAGGUCUACACCAAAAGCUCCCACCUCAAAGCCCACCGGAGGAUACACACAGGCGAGAAGCCCUACAAAUGCACGUGGGAAGGCUGCACCUGGAAGUUCGCCCGCUCGGACGAGCUCACCCGGCACUUCCGCAAGCACACGGGCAUCAAACCCUUCCGCUGCUCGGACUGCGACCGCAGCUUCUCCCGCUCCGACCACCUGGCCCUGCACCGCCGGCGGCACGUCAUGAUGUGAGCGGUGCCCGCCGCGCUGGGAGCCGGCAGCGCCUCCCUGCCUCAUCCAUCCACACCCCGCGGCUCCUGCGGGGCGGGGCGGGGACUGCGGAAGCGCCGGGGCCAAGCCGUGCCCGCUGCAGGAGCCCCGCCGGCACGGCACGGGACGGCAAACAAUGGAUUCUGGACUGCUGCCCCUUCUCUCUUGUUCCCAGCUGUUUUUAUUCCUGGGUUUGUCCUCGCCUGGAGGCUCCUUGACUCCUCACUUGGAAUUCACCCAGCAGUUGCCUCCGGUUCUUCAGCCUCCUGCCCGUUGUUGUCCCCCGUGUGCUCCCUGUCCCUCCCAGUGCCUGGGAGCCGUGGCAAGGACGGGGGGCUGGGGGUGAUGGGCUCCGUGGAGGAGCUGUUGGCCAUUCCUGCUCCAUCCCCAGACUGUCCCAGCAGGAGAAGGGCCAUCACCUCUCUGUGUGUCCCUCAGCACAUGCUGGGCUUCAUGGGAAGUGCUGGGUGUGCAGAGGGCCAGGAGGAAAAGAGGAAUCAAGAAAGGGAGAAACAACCCAACAAUGACCCACAAACAAGACCAUCACCACCACACAAAGGGAAACUUUGUGGAACAUGGAACUUUUCUUUUAUGGAAUUCUCUGAGGGGGUGGGACAGGGUGGGGGGGAUGAGGGCCAGCAGCUCUCGGGUUUUUUGGAAGACUCUGGGCCACUUGAAGUGUUUCUAAGUUAAACCAGCGGCUGUGGCCACACACUUUGCUUUUUAAUAA